AUGAAUGGCUCUUCUACAAAUGAAAUUUGUGUUUCCUCUUCUCAAACUUCAAACUGCACAUCAACCAGUGGCCAUUCCAAAGAUGACCAAGAAAUGGGGUCUAAUGCAAUGUCAAAUGGGGGAAAUGUCUUGAGAAAUUCAACGUUCUUGUGUUUUCCACUCCAGAUGAAUCCAAAUCUUGUACGCGCGGUUUUGGCUGAGAUGGUGGGGACUUUUAUCUUGAUGUUCUGUGUAUGUGGGAUCAUAGCAAGCACACAGCUGAUGAAAGGUGAAGUAGGUCUUUUGGAGUACGCAGCCACAGCAGGUUUAACAGUAGUAGUUGUUAUUUUCUCCAUAGGGUCUAUCUCCGGUGCUCAUGUCAACCCUGCUGUCACAUUGGCCUUUGCCACCUUUGGUCAUUUUCCAUGGUCCAGGGUUCCUCUUUACACAUUGGCACAAACACUGGGUUCUGUUCUGGCAACAUAUAUUGGAAGGCAUAUCUAUGGCAUAAAACCAGAUCUCAUGACCACCAGACCACUGCAAAGCUGUGCUUCUGCCUUCUGGGUUGAGCUCAUUGCAACUUUCAUGAUUAUGUUCCUAGCUGCCUCAUUGACACAUCAAGCUCAAGCUGUUGGCCAUUUGUCUGGAUUUGUGGUUGGCAUUGCCAUCGGAUUAGCUGUACUAAUCACAGGGCCUAUUUCAGGAGGGUCAAUGAACCCAGCAAGGUCACUGGGACCUGCAAUUAUUUCAUGGAAUUUCAAAGACAUAUGGAUAUAUAUUUGUGGACCAACUGUUGGAGCUGUUUCAGGUGCUCUCCUAUAUCAAAUUCUUCAUCUUCGAUGCCCGCCACCCUGCAGUCCCAGCAACACUUCCUCUCCAAAUAUACAUCUGCUCGGGCAACCCUUGGCCUAUGGAGCAACCUAAAUAGUGCACAAAUGAUAUUGAAUGGGAAAAAUUGUUAACUCAGUUGCAACAAUAAUCAAAUUAUAUGAAGCUGAUCAUGUAGUUA